AUGGCAUCGAAUCCUCGCUGCUUUCUGGAUAUUGAUAUCGAUGGCAUCAAAAGCGGUCGUCUAGUUUUUGAGCUCUUUGCCGAUAGAGUUCCCAUAACUGCCGAAAACUUUAGAGCACUUUGCACAGGUGAACGUGGUCGGAAUGCCAAUGGUACACUGCUUUGGCUCAAGGGAAGCAAAUUUCAUAGAAUUAUCAAGGACUUUAUGGUUCAAGGAGGUGAUUUCACAAAAGGUGAUGGCACAGGCGGUGAAUCUAUUUAUGGUGGUCCGUUUAAGGAUGAAAACUUGACAUUCAAACACGAUCAGUCUUGUUUGCUCUCUAUGGCCAAUCGUGGACCUGGAACAAAUGGAUCACAGUUUUUUAUUACAUCUAAGCCUGUACCUCAUCUAGACGGAAAGCAUGUUGUGUUUGGUCGCCUUGUGCUGGGAACAAAGCUGUUUAGGAAAAUUGAAAACAUUCCAACUGACAAAAAAGAUCGUCCUCACGCAACUGUAUUGAUCUCCAACUGUGGUGAGCUU